CAACGGAUCAACCUAACCUAAUAUUGUUGCAUAGUUUGUUUUUUUUAAUGUUUUUUCUUUAUUAAUGCAAAUAAGGAACUAUUUUUAAAAUAAUUGUAAACUCAGACUUUUAAGAUAUUCCAAAAACGUAUGUGAAUGAAAAUUGAUCUGUAAGAAAGAUGUAUCAAGCGUACUUUGCGUUACCCGCCAAUUAUCAAACACGUGUAUAACCUACGGUUGAAGUUCAAGUGUAGUCUGAAGUUAUGGAUUCCAAAUUUAACUUAUUAUUUAAACACUCAAAUAAUGUACAACCAUUCCAAAUGAAGCGCAAACCAUCCCCUGUGGUUUUUAACAACGGUUCCCCGCCCCGUAAGAGACUUGCAUUAAAUAUAAACGUUAACUCGAACAACUUUGUGUCUAAGAACAAAUUAUCGAUACAAGAACAGCGACGAAAGUUACCCAUAUUCGAAAAGCGAAAUAAGCUAUUGGAACUUAUACGGAGGCAUAACACAUUAAUUAUAUUGGGUGAAACUGGAAGCGGCAAAACGACACAAAUUCCGCAGUACAUUAAUUCGGCCCGUCUCCAAAACAAUGGCAAGAUUGCAAUCACGCAACCGAGAAGAGUGGCAGCUAUUAGCGUUGCUAUGAGAGUGGCACAAGAAAUAGGCGAUUCGGGUGGUGUAGGCGAGACUGUCGGUUAUACUGUUCGAUUCGAGGAUGUGACUUCGCCUAGAACGAAGAUAAAAUAUUUGACAGAUGGAAUGUUACUUCGCGAAGCAAUGGUCGACAAUCUGCUGAUGGAAUAUACAUUUGUAAUAUUGGAUGAAGCUCACGAACGUACAAUUCAUACUGAUGUUUUGUUUGGUAUCGUUAAGCAGGCUCAAAAAGCCAGGGCGGAGAAAAAAUUACGACCCUUGAAGAUACUGAUUAUGUCUGCUACCAUGGAUGUUGAUCACUUCUCCGAGUAUUUUAAUAACUGUCAAGCGGUUUAUCUGGAAGGCCGAACAUACCCUGUUAAUGUUUAUUACACUUUAACUUCACAUGAGGAUUACCAAACGGCAUGUGUAGCAACAUUUUUCAAAAUACAUCGGCAAGCACCAUGGGAUCACGAUGUGUUAAUCUUUUUAACUGGACAAGAAGAAAUUGAAGCAGUGGCGCAACAGAUCAGAAUUUUGUCAAGAGAUCCAGACGUAAGUGGACCGUCAGUUAAAGUUUGUCCAUUGUACGCAUCACAACCAACCACGCAACAAAUAACUGUAUUUCAACCUGCACCUGAAAACACAAGAAAGGUCGUUAUCGCGACCAAUGUUGCCGAAACAAGUAUUACAAUAAGUGGAAUUCGUUUCGUUAUUGACGGAGGGAUGGUUAAAGCUAGGACGUAUCACCCGGCGACCGGUCUCGACAUGUUAAAAGUUCAAAGAAUUUCUCAAGAGCAAUCCUGGCAAAGAACGGGACGUGCGGGUCGUGAAACGGAAGGUUACUGCUAUCGCAUAUACACGCGCGCUCAAUAUGAACUCCUGCAGAAAAGUACAAUUCCCGAAAUUCAAAGAGCAAAUUUAUCGACGGUCGUUAUACAACUGCUCGCUUUAGGAAUCCACGCUGCCAAUUUCGACUUCAUGGAUAAACCGCCGAAGGAUUGCGUGCUAGCCGCCUUUGAGCAGCUGAAACUUCUUGGAGCGGUGGAAAGUGUUGAGAGUAGUAGUUUAACACCGCUCGGUAAGAAAAUGGUUCAGUUUCCGUUGGAUCCGAGGUUUAGUAAGAUUAUACUGUCCGCCCAAGAGUAUGAAUGUUUAGAAGAAAUUUUAACAAUUGUGGCCUUAUUGAGUGGAGAAGCGAUAUUUUUAAAUCCCUCCUCUAAGCGCGAACAAGCAACGACUUCUAGGCAAAAAUUUUUGUCACCGUAUGGAGAUCAUAUAACAUUAUUGAAUGCAUUUCGUGUGUAUCGUAACCUCGGUUCGAAUAGUCAACGUUCUUGGUGCCAUGAACAUUAUAUAAAUAUGCGAAAUAUAUCUUAUGCAGCUCAGGUGCGAACACAACUAUUGGAAGUGUGUCAAAGACUCAAAUUACCGGUUGUGUCUUGUGGUAAUGAUGUGGAACCAAUUAGAAAAUGCCUACUAACAGGUUUGUUUAUGAAUGUUGCAGAAUUACACAAGGAGAAACAGUACAUAACAUUAGAUAAGAGACAGGUGGUAAACAUACAUCCUAGUUCAGUAAUACAUGGACAACAACCGAAGUUUGUAUUAUUUACAGAAGUUGUUCAAACUAGUAAAUGUUACCUGAGGGGAUUAACAACAGUUGAAAGUCAGUGGUUGUACGAUAUUGUUCCUGACUAUGCCAGGUCACAUAUUAGGCUAAAUAAAGACUUAUAAUACGCGCUGUGCUCAUGACUUAGGUGCAAGUAAGUUCAUUCCGAGGGUGAAUUUAAUUAAAUUAGAUUAUGUUUAUGCAGUAUCUAGUCAUUCGGAUAUUCUUAAGUUUAUAAUGUAAAUUAUCUUAAAUUCCCUUUAGAUUUAAAUUUAUAAAUAAAUUUUUCGUAAUUUU